UAUCACCAUGAUGCCUGAGACAUCGACACCGUAUAAAUUUAUGGUUGAUAGCUCUCAAACAUCGCUAUACCAAAAUUCGGGAAAGUUUGUAUUGCACCGAUUAAAGAAUCUGUUUUCGGUUAAUUUAUGACAGUUUGUUCAUUUCCACCACUCAAAAUAGUACUAAGCUAACCAUAAAGUCAAUUUAGGAAGCACCAUGUGGAACCAGUUGGCAAUGCUCGCUUCCUUGGUAUUUCCCGAGCUCAACCUUACAUUUGAACAUAUGAACGAAUACAAAUCAGAGGACAACUAUCAGCAAACAAAUCGCAUGGGCAUUUUUCCGAUAAAUCUAAGCUUGUCUCAAUAAAACGUACAACAGAGCAGUGAGAAUAUUGAAUGUAUGAAAACGAAUCUUUUGAUUUUCAAAUAAUCAUGCCUUGUCACUAAAACGUUUCGUCUGGAGCAUCAAACAUCCUGCCCACAAAACCUUCAAUCCCAUGUAAUUUUUCUCCGCAUUAUACCUCGCUGAACUUGCGUGGUAGCAGCAUUUGAGCGUGGCUCAAUAAUAUUCCAGGCGUGGCCAAUUAGACGCUUGUUGUUCUCGCACCUGACAUGUUUGUUGCUAUCGCAUUGAAGAAUAUUCCCCGUGUGACACGACACGAAGUACAGAACACAGUCUGCGUCCGUCUCCAUCAUAAAAAGCUCCUUUUCGCCAGGGUCUUUUUUGUCAAAACGACAAUCUCCAUUUGUGGAAACGUGCAAGUAUCGUCCGUUGUGAUUCGAUUGAAUGGCAACCUUUCCGUCAUGGACACGUCGUAGAGUAAGCUGCUCGUAAAUAUCACGAUUGUCGAAUACGCAGCGAGCUUCCUUGGUACCAAGUGGAUUCUGCAAGUUUUUUCUCUACUGUGUCGAAUGAAUGAUUACAGGUACGUCGAAUGGAAUUUCGCUUAAAUUCAUGGCAAACAAGAUAAAAUGAGAAGCUUUUCAAUUUGAAAACUUUUCUUCCUUUCCUUUUGUGCGUUUCCAGUACCUUUCGAAGAAAUGGCAUUUGUUUUUCGGUAAUGUAUUGCUCUAAUACAUGCUUAAACUUACCUGGAAGAAAAUAACGCCAAUUGGAUCGCCGUCCAUGUUUCAUGAGCAUAGGGAUGACGAACAGACCUGGAUAUGUCGUACCUUAAUAAUGUCAUUUGAGCUAAUUAAGAACUUG